AUGGAUGAAGGCACAGUAUAUGACAAAGUUGAAGAUGUUGUGGGCUGCCACGUGGAAGAUGCUGUAACGUUUUGGGCACAGAAUGUCAAUAGAUGUAAUGACCUUUUGAAAUUAAGUUGUGCGCUGGCAGAAGCGUGUCCUCGGGCUAAUGGAGUUUUUGGCAAACUGGAUUUUAGUAAGAUUUAUGGUGGGUGUUUUUCUGAAGAUAAAUGUUGGUACAGAUGUAUGAUACAGCAAGUGAUCAACAAUGAAAAGUGUCAGGUAUUGUACAUUGAUUAUGGAAAUUCUGAGGUUCUGAAUAGAUCAGACAUAGUUGAAAUUCCACCAGACUUGCAGUGUCCCACUGUUGCCAAAAAGUACAGGCUUUGGGGACUGCAGAUACCAGCUGAUCAGAACUUAAACAUGUUUGACCAGGGGAGGAAGUUCUUGAGCAGCCUAGUUUUUGAAAAAAGAUUAAAAAUACGUCACAAAGCUAAGCAUGAGGAUGGUACCAUUUUUGCCCAGGCGGAGGAUGAAAGUAUAGAUAUUGGAGAACAGGUGGCCAGGGCAGGGUUUGCUGAAAAGUGGAUGUCUCCAGGAAACACUGAAGAUGCAGAAAAGAGAGAAGUAGCUGUCAUGCAGAACGAACAUGGGGAUAUAAAAGGUUCACUUCCAUUGCGGAGAAACAGGUCUAAUUCCCUGCUGUACAGCAUGCCAGGAGGGCGAUUUGACCUAGUUGCUUCAAGGAUGAAGAAUCAGAAUUUUGCUGGAAAUCGUAUGUUUGCCCCAAAGGAAAAAACUCCAGCUUCUCUCUCAGUGCCAGAUACCAGAUUGUCACGAAUAAGACCAGAUCAGAACCUGUUCGAAGAGAGAGAAGGUCUCAGAAGGGAGAACGUAACACUCUUGCAGAAGCAGAAGGAACUAGAAUUGAAGGUUCGACAGCUAGAACAUGAACUUGAGGUACGUGGAAAUGCAAAGGAAGCAUCUAGGAAAACUGCUGAAAGUUUUGAGGAAGCCCAACGUACUUGCAUUGGAAUGAAAAUGACAAGUUUGGCUGCUAAGAUGAAGGCAUUAAAAGGAGUUAGGUGCAAAAAUAAGAAGAAUUGUUUUGAGGAGCAGGUUUCACAAGCCAUAAAAGUGGUUACAGAAGGAUGUCUCACUGUUCCCUGUUCCUUGGAAAAAUUGCGGAAGAUUUGGACCGAGUAUGACUUGGCUCAAGACAGGAUUCAGUUGUGCAGAAAUGUGGAUGAAAGAAAUGAAUUGAUUACAAAGAGAGAUGAAGUGCAGCAGAAUUUGUAUUCAGCAGUGAGGGAAUUCAUUUUGGAAGUGGAUCAGUUGCCCCUCUCUGAGCGAUUAAGAACAUUACAGGAGCUGUCUGCUUCUCUGGAGAUGGUGUAUGGUCAAGCUUCUGAAGCAGAUGAUUCUGAGGAUGUAUUUCAACAGUUCUUUGAUUGGAAGAGUAUUAAAAUGAAGAAAUUAAUUGGUGUCAGAGGUGCUGUGGACACAGCUCUGCAGAUUCUUGCUGACUGGUUCAGUGACACCUUAAUGUGUUUUAACUUGAUGUCAGAAGCAUCUUCAGAUUUAGAGGAAGUGGUUGUCAAAGCAGAUGAAAUUCUCGAAAAGGUUGAGUUGGCUAUUUGUGAAGAACUGGCUACUGACAUAAAUGAGCAUGAUGAAGCAGAGAAGAGAAUAAUUAGGAGUGCUUACAAUACAGUUAUACAUAAAAUUUGUCAGGAGCAAAAUAUGAUCGCUGUCAUACAGAAUGGAUACUUGGCCAGUGUUGAGUUCAAAAACCAUGCUGAGGAAUGGCUGAAUAGAAGACCUGAUAUUAACAACUUACUGUCAAUUAAGAAAACUGUGAAAAGCUUAAAGGCCCAGUUGAGGUGGAAACUGGUUGAAAAGAACAACUUUGAGGAAUCUGAUGAUUACAGUGAGCUUGAAAUGACAAGAAUGAAGGAGAAAAUUGCUGAUCUGCGAAAUAGGGUUCUUGAGGAAGUAUCCAAGGAACAAGAAGAAUAUGAGAAGCUGAUAUAUUUGGUACAGAAAUGGUUCCCUGAGUUACCACUUCUUUAUCCAGAAGUUGGAUUUCUAAACUAUAUGAAAACUGGCAGGCUUUUGACACACAGCCUGGAGCGAGACCUGUUGGAUGCUGAACCCUUGAAAGAACUGAGCACGAAGCGACCUUUAUUGUGUUCAGAAAUGCAGGGCCAGAAAGUUCUUUUAAAGGGCUAUUUUGUAGAUGUAAGCUCAGAAGCCAAAGUGAUAGAAAGAAUGGCCAAGUAUCACAGAGCUUGGGAUCAACAGAAGGAGAAGUCUGGAUUAUUGCAACUAUUGUUCCUUCUUUUCUGCAAGUCUGAUGCUUUGGUAUAUUUAGUGGUCCCAUACUACCCAGGAGCAAGUCUGGGAGCUUUUCAGGCUGAUACACCUUUAACUUUAGAAGAGGCAUUAAAAGUGAUGAAAGGAGUUGCCCAAGGUCUACAAACAUUACAUGGUGCUGAUAUAGUACAUGGAUCUCUGCAUGAAAAUAACAUUUUUGCUGUGAAUCGAGAACGAGGAAUCGUUGGAGACUUUGAUUUCACGAAAUCAGAGGAACAACGUGCUGCUGCAAACACUAUGAAUGUUGGUACCCUGAGCUUAGUUUCUCCUGAACUGAGAGCGGGACAGCCAGCUUCUCCGGCCUCUGACAUGUAUGCUUAUGGCUGCCUUCUGCUCUGGGAUGAUAAAGUUAAAUCUCUUCUCCUGAAUUUGUUCUGCUGUAACAGACUGACAGCUGAGCAGGUGGUGAGGGAUGAUUGCUUCCUCCUAGUUGAUGGGAUUUCAGUUUCACCCCAACCAGAUGAAGAGCGUGAGCCAUGUGAAAAACUUGAUUGGGAGAAGACGGUUGAAAAAGAAAUGCAGUUGACUGAGGAGAAUGGAGCAAACCCUGCUCAGUAG